AUGGCAUACUCACAGAGAGUGGCAUAUCGUCACAAGAGCCUCGAGUCACCAGGCGAACAGAUCCGUCUUCUCACGAUUGCUCCAGGGCUAGAAUCCCAAAGUGUACAAUGUUCGAUCACCCACCAUCGUUUGGCCGCAGCACCCGAGUAUGAGGCUCUCUCGUACAUGUGGGGUUCCAAAGAUAAUCCUGUCGAGAUAUCACUCAAGGACGACCAAGAACAGGGUACCUUCAGCGUUACUCAAAAUCUGCACCAGGCGUUAUGCCGUCUGAGAUACCAAGACCGGGAGCGGGUCAUGUGGGUCGACGCAAUCAGUAUCAAUCAGGGCGAUAAUGUCGAGAAGAGCUCUCAAGUUCCAAGAAUGAAGAAGAUUUUCGAAAAUGCCAAACGUGUCAUUGCCUGGCUCGGUGAAGCCGGUGAAGAUAGCGACAGAGCGAUAGAAUGGAUUGAAGAGCUUGCAGAAAGCCUUAGGAACUGGGAGCGGGCCGGCUUCAACACCAACUUCGUAGACUCAUGGAUUACGAUAAAACUUUUAAACAUCUUGCAACAGUCAGACCGUGAUGGAACUUGGACCGCGCUUUGGAGGUUGCUCUCGCGGGAUUACUGGGGUCGAAUAUGGAUUAUCCAGGAAAUCACAUUUGCACGGGAGCUUGUCCUGUGCUGCGGGAGAAAAUACUUCCUUUUGCCCGGGCUGGUGAAAGUUCUGUCUGAGCUACUCCUCAUGCGUGGCCACCACCAUGAACACCCUCGAAGGUGGCCAGAGGCAUUCGAGAAGCUAUUUAACGGCAGUAAUCUCUUGCUCAUGGAGGGUUUACGACAAACGAGGACAAGUCCCAAAUCUCCCCAGUUGUUUUUGUUCACCUUGCAGAGCUUUUGUCAUUCCAGGUCUGAAAAGCCACACGACCAAAUCUAUGCUCUUCUCGGUUUCUUAGAAGGGUCUAAGAGGCCAUAUCAGGGUGUGAUUCACGUCGACUACGAACGAACUGUUGAAGAUGUAUUUACGGAUGUAGUUGAGUACUGCAUUUCAGCACCUCGAAGUAUUGAUAAUUUGCUCCAGCAGGACCCAAUUGCGUCAAAUGAUGAUGAUUACAUCCUCUCUUCCGCAGUUGCUAUGCUCACGAAACGGCCUCACGGCCCGCUAAGUAUUCUCUGUGCUGCAUUCCCAUUUGGUCGCGAUCCAGGGUGGCCAUCAUGGCUGCCGGACUGGCGUCGCUCUGCCAGCUUUGCCACAAUGGGCAAAGUUGGUGACGAGUUGUUUCAAGCAAGCGCAGAUCACCCUGCACACUAUAUGUUUUCGCCAGACCGCCGAGUACUUCAUGUCUUCGGCUACAAGGUUGAUAAUAUCAAGGAGUCAUCAGCCUACAUGUCAUCGUGCUGGACCUCUUUUGUCGAGAGGGGAAAGAGUAAAGAAGAUCUAGGAUCCAUGAUAAAGCAAGUCCGACAGUGGGCAGAAUUUGCUGUUGCUAGGACUGCCGCUGGUGGUCCCGGAGAAGAUCUGAGAGUCUUCGAUGCCGAAAGGUUCUGGCGCACAUUGGCCUUCGACUCAGGAAGGACGGCCUGGGAUAUUCAAAUGCCGAAAUCAUGGCGUGAUAUGAGCCUAGAAAGGCUCGAGGAUUUGCUAAAGCAUGGCACAAUGGUGGACGACUCCCCGUCAUUAUCUCGCUCAUCCUCCUUCGCACCGGGUCCCCAUCGCCGCUCGCAUCCCAACCUGCACCACCUCUCCCUCGCACCCUUGACGCCCAAAUACCCAAUCGAUCCAGCCGACUACUCCGCCUACUUCGACCCGUCGACCAGCGAACUGCACACCAUCACGUCGAUCUCGCAGAUAUCCAGCCUCCCCUCCCCGAGCGGGAUCCUGACGUCGCACUCCGCCGCACACUCGCGCGCGAGCUCUCGCACCCGUCAGCUGCGCAAAAAGACACGCAGCGCCAUCUCGGUGCACGACCACCCUGCCGCGCAUCCUCAUCAUGCACACGCGCAUUUCGCUGGGGCCUUGACGAGCGAAGGGUUCGGACACAAGACCACCACUGUCAACGCGUCCGCGUCCCGCCCUGGUCUGCCUCAUCUCCACACGACCGACCCUUCCUGGCUGAUCCAGACCGGCCUCGCGCUGACCGAGGGGUCGCGCGAGUCCAAGGGCCAGUCGUGGAUUGGCAAACGCGACUCUUCGACGUCGCUGCAUUCGCCGGCAACGCCCGCCGAGGAGAGGGACCGAGACGUCACCAACAGUCACCACAGACUCUAUCCGCCGAGUCUAUCCUCCCGACGGAGCCUCAGUCGCGCCGGAAGACGCAACAGUCGACGGUCUUUGGCCGUUACGCCCGCGCUGCGGACGCCCCUGGACGAAGAAGCCAUGCCGCAUUGGGACGACGAUGUACAGACUCAAGCGGAGAUCGCGGCGCAAGUCGAGAGUGAGUUUGCGGAUGAGUUCGAGGACGAUCCGUACGGCUUACUGGAUUUCGAAGGCCAGUUCGACAGCGAUGACGAGGAAGAGGUACGGCGCGAGAUCUCACGCUACAGACUUGGCCGGUGGAUGGAUGGCGUCGUGGAUGUGUUUUUGAGGCUGGAGGAGUUUCCAGAUUCGUCAGACACCCCUCGGGAUCACGAUGUUGACUUGGAGGCUGCUGGAAAUGCUGUAAAGACUGAACUGACUGAUUCCAAAGCCACGACGCAGCCGAAAGAUGUUGACGACACUAGUGCAGUGUCCGAUGCGUCUAUCGAGCCACCGCCAGACAAACCAAACGGUGUUUGGGAUGAUGUGGUCUGGUUUGGCCGUCUCUUGGUCCGUACGGUCAGGUCAUAG